AUGGUAAGACUGAUCAAAAUAACAACUGGGUCGAUAUGUAUCGAGGAUGUAUCGACUUCCCCUACAAGGCCAUGGAGAAGGAGGAAGGUGCGAAACCGCAAAACAAAAUGGAAAACAUACAGCAGCAGGGAUUCCCACGUGGUCACCCACCGUAGUACUAAUCUGCCGUUCAACUGCUUAUGUAUGGCAGAGCGGACGGGAUGCCCAGUUUUCAGCUGA